CUUUAAACACACUCGGUACUUUCCGCACUCGCUCGGCCCUGCUCGAAAUCGCCCUCUUUCACUGCGGCUCCAUCGCCGAGCGAACUGGCCCGUUGCUCUCAUCCGAGAUCUCGGCGGAGACUGUCGAAUCCAUCAAAGCACCAUUUACGGAUCCCUGGAAGCUUUCAGCUCGUGCACAAAUGCAGGCUAUCAAAUGUGUGGUGGUCGGCGACGGGGCUGUGGGUAAGACCUGUCUGCUGAUUAGCUACACCACCAAUGCCUUCCCUGGUGAAUACAUUCCUACUGUCUUUGACAACUACUCUGCUAAUGUGAUGGUCGAUGGGAAACCAGUGAAUCUGGGCCUUUGGGACACAGCAGGACAGGAGGACUGGGCUGUGAAGUACCUGGAGUGCUCUGCGCUGACUCAGCGAGGCCUGAAGACAGUAUUCGAUGAGGCCAUCCGAGCUGUGCUCUGCCCUCCACCAGUAAAGAAAAGGGGGAAAAGGUGCACCAUGUUCUGAAGAAAAAACACUACAGUAACACUACACUACAUCACCAUGAACAACGACCAAUAUUUCAUCUGUUUUUUUUUUACCAUUAAUGAAUAGGCCAUAGGUUCUGAAAGACAGUGACUGUCCACUUUCUUUGUACUCAUAGAAUCACAUCAAGUUGCAUGAGGGCUGACAAUGGUAUGUAUAGGCCUAUUGGUUAUGAUAGCGCUGUGCUCAACAAAACAAUUGCUGUGAUCUUUUGGCAGCAAACCUACAGGUUAGCCACAUUACUUUGGAAGGUUAAGUCAAGACUAACAACAAUAAUAGAUUCCUAACUGGGCCCUGUGUUCACUCUGUGGUAAUUAGUUUGAUUAAAUGGUAAACACAUACUGAAAUGGAAAGGGCUUCAAGCUGACUUCUGAGGCCUGUCUUAUAGAGCGGCCAAGGGUAAAAAACUAGCAUUAAUAACUAAAUAAAUAUAUAACAAAAGUAAAGCUGUUUUCAGACAGGAACUCCGGAGAAUCAGGUCCGGAGUUUCUCCAGAGGUUGCCUUACACACAUGCACAAUGCAACGUGAGAUUCUCUGCUCUGACGCAUUUGCAACAGCAACAAAUCCUCCACAGGAUUCAGGUGAGGACUGGUGCAGCAGGCAAAGGCAGGAUGCAAGAUAUUAAUAUCGCUGCAGAGAUCACCUGUUUUUGUUUACAGCUCAUGGACAUCUCCAUCUGUGACAUCAACGUCUUUGUCUCCACUUUUUCAUCUGGAGAUAUUUUAUUUCUUUUUGUUUUUUUCUUUUUGCAUCUGUCGCAUGUUAGAAGCGGCAUCAGCCAACCCGUCCCUCACGAUGAAUCCUGUGAAAGAGUUCCUGCUGUGCUUUCACAUCAGCACCUCCCGACUUCCGAGGGGGCCAGUCUGAGAAAGUCCUUAAAAACUCCAGAGGCUCUCUCAUACACCUUUGCUCCGGAGGAUCUCUGGAGAUCAGUGCAUGUUUGAGAGCAGUUUAAAAGAUGUGGCUGUAAAAUGCUAUUUACUAGUCAAGUCAAGAAUUAAUAUUCAAGCUCAAUGUUAAUAGUAGUCAGACAAAACAAGAUUAACUGAAGGUAAACCCUUUGUUUUUUUUAGAUUUUAACUAUGUGUCAUGUUCUUUGUCAAUGAACACUAUCUUGGGAUCAGUCAUAUGAUUUGUUUUUUAAUUGAAAUGUUUCACUUUUAGCAAGGUGGAACUAUUUUAUCCAGUCUGUGCUAAUUUUUUAAACACUUCAGUUCUUACUUCUGACAAAAAUCGGAUCUUUGUCAAGUGUCUUUGGGUAACUUUAUCUAACUGUGACAGAGCAUGCCAAACGUGGGGGCUGUACAACCUUGAUGCCUGAGUUCUGCCUGUGGGGGUGUGGGAGCUUGCAUGGGUCUUAGAAUAUUCUGCUUUAAUUUAUCCCAUCAUUUCGAUUUUGUCUCUGUUCCUCUGUUUGUGUGUUUGUCUGUGUGUAUGUAUGUGUAUGUAUGAAUGCUGGUGUUUUUGUGUUUGGACAAGAACGUGUCAAAGAGACAGUGUUGUUUGACAGUUUGGGAUAGAUUAUAAAACACAGUAUUGUUUUAAGUUUGUUGUUUGAUACUAUUUCAUAUUGUGUUGUUGGACUACACAAUACAUUUCAACACUGUGGAUAUAAAGAAAGAAGAAAAUGGGUAUCAAUGACAUCUUGUAAUGUACAGAAUAAUGCUUAGGAAAAAAAUCUAUCUAUGUUCCUCAUUAUUUAACUCUUAAAGUUAAAAUUAAAGGGAUUAUAGUUGCUCAUGUCAAAGCUAGAAGUGUUGCUAACAAUGUUCGAUAAAGGUUCCGGUCUUUGUGGAGUUAGUCAUCGUGGCAAACAGCACAGAUUGCACCUUUAUGACAUGCAUUUCUGUAUGGUUGCAGGCCUGCAGUCUGUCUCUCUCAUGUGGUGAGACACAGCACUGCAUUCCAUUCAUGCUGUCUUUGGUUAGCAUAGCAAACUGUGUGGUUGAAUCAUGUCAUGUGGUCCUGCCUAGCUAAGGUGUCGAAAUGUAGCUGAGAAAUGCAGAAAAAAAAUUCUUAUCUACUAUUGCAUGGAAGUUCACUGGUCAUUUGACCCAUUGUUAUUCUAAGGAGAGGUUGUUUGUUGAAAUGCAUUGACCAUGUACGUAUGUAAUGUAAGACGACUUGUACACGUUUUAAUUGUUUGUCUUAUAUUUUAUUACUUCAUGUUUGAGUGGUGAAAUAUUUAAAGUUUUUGUAAACUAAAUACAAAUGUCUCUGUAAAGUAGUUGUGCUUUCUGUUAUGAUUUAAUCUCUGCUCCAGCCUUUUCCUUCUCUUUAUCCCACAACAACCACAUAAUGACCUAUUGUAGAUAGACAUUACAACAAUAACGUGAAUGAAAAAGCUGUUGUCCCCAAAAUAUAUAAGUAAUAAAGAGAUUAACAUGUGUAAAAUGAAUCCAAGACAAAGUAAGGUGGGUAAAACUGGUAUUUUCCAAAAAGUAUUAACAAGAUAGCCAAACAAAUAAAUAUGAAGCAGUAACUGAAAGGGGAACUCCUCUUUGAUACAGGGGAGGUCAGUACCUACAACAGAUGAGAUUGAAAGAGCUGCAAAGCUGAGACGCCAGCUAAAAUAGCUGGCAAGUUUAAGUUGAAUUUUGUUGAGUUUAUUUUUCGUCAGGGGUGAAAAUAAAGAU